AUGUCCAACAAGACAAUCUGCAACAUCGACACCCCCGACCCCUGGAUCAUAGCAGGCAACGGCCGGUUCUACUUCACAUUCACCCUCGACAACCGCAUCGAGAUCUGGUCCUCGCCCACGCUCGAAGACUUCCACCACCCCCAAAAAUCGACAAUCUGGCACCCGGCCCCCGGAUCCCCCUGGUCCGUCAACAUCUGGGCCCCCGAGCUCCACUACCUCGCCGGCCGCUGGUACGUCUACACCUGCGGCGCGCCCCCCGGCGUCGGCAACCCGGGCCACCGCACCACGGUCCUCCGCUGCGCCUCCCAGGACCCCAUGGACGCCUCCGCCUGGGAGUUCCUCGGCCCCCUCAAGGGCAUGCCGGACCACUGGUCCAUCGACGCCACCGUCUUCAGCCCCGACGGCAGGGACCUCUACUGCUGCUGGUCCGGCUGGCCCAUCGGCGACCACUCCGACACGGAGCAGGACCUCUUCCUCAUCAAGAUGGCCGGGCCGGAGCGGGCGCUCACCGAGACGCUGGUGUGCAUCUCCCGCGCCGAGCUAGAGUGGGAGAGGCCCGACGACGGCCGGCGCGGGGUCAACGAGGGCCCGACGUGGGUCAACAUACCGGGCGUCUUCCGCGGCAUCGUCUACUCCGCCGACGGCAGCUGGACGAGCCACUACAAGCUCGGCCUCCUCCCUCUCGUGGGACAGGAUCCCCUGAACCCGGCGAGCUGGGCGAAGCGCUCGACGCCGCUGAUGAAGAGCCACAAGCGGUGCGGCGGGCCCUUCGGCCCGGGCCACGCGAGUUUCCUGCCGAACCCGCGGGACCGGAGCAGGGUGUACUGCGUGUAUCACGCCACGGCCAACUACGGCGAGGGAUGGGGCAACAGGAAGGCGAGGGUGAUCGACAUGGGACCGGAGUGUUUCGGACCGCACGCGCACCCGUUGUGCUGCGCCUUGGAGAAUCACGUCCCGAAGCACCACCGCCGGGCCGAUGAGAAGAGGGGGUCGUGUAUCAUGUCAUGA